CAGAGGCACCGCCGCCGCCGCAGCCGGGUCCAUGCCCGCUGGAGCCCCCGCCUGCCGCCGCCCGCAGCCCCGGCAUGGACGUUCGGUUUUACCCUUCCGCCCCCACCGCCGUGGGCUCCCUGCCCGGCGCUGACCCCCCCUGCUUGGGGCCGCUGGAUUAUUAUCACUGCAACAAGUUUGAUGGGGAGAACAUGUACAUGGGAAUGAACGACAAUACCCAGGAGUUUCUGUCGGCAAAUCAGACAUAUAAUAGUCAGAAUGAGAAUAAUGAAGACUACGAAAUCCCACCCAUCACACCUCCCAACCUCCCCGACCCUUCACUCCUGCACUUGGUGGACCACAAAGCUGGAUAUCACUCCCUGUGCCACAGCCUGCCUCCAAACAGCCUGAUACCCGCGUACCCCUACCAGAACAUGGACCUGCCAGCCAUCAUGGUCUCCAACAUGCUGAGUCAGGAUGGGCAUCUCCUCUCCAGCCAGCUACCCACGAUCCAGGAGAUGGUCCACUCAGAUGCUGCAUCCUACGAGUCCAACCGACAAGUGCCACUGCUGAACCGCCCCGCCAUGCUGGCUGGCCCCAUGGGUGCCCUCAGCCAGUCACAGCUCAUUUCACAGAUGGGGAUGCGCAGCGGUGUCACCCAUGGCUCCCCAUCACCCCCGGGGAGCAAGUCUGCUACACCAUCUCCCUCCAGCUCUACUCAGGAAGAGGAGACAGAGUCACACUAUAAGGUCACCGGAGAGAAAAGACCAUCAACAGACCUGGGCAAAAAACCCAAAAGCCAAAAAAAGAAGAAGAAGAAGGAUCCCAAUGAGCCUCAGAAGCCCGUGUCAGCCUAUGCCCUAUUCUUCAGAGACACACAAGCUGCUAUCAAAGGGCAAAACCCCAAUGCUACGUUUGGAGAGGUUUCAAAAAUAGUGGCAUCUAUGUGGGACGGCUUAGGAGAAGAACAAAAACAAGCAUACAAGAGGAAAACAGAAGCUGCCAAGAAGGAAUAUCUGAAAGCUCUGGCUGCCUACCGGGCCAGCCUGGUCUCCAAGAGCUCUGCUGACCAGGGGGAGACGAAAAGUGCCCAGGCCAACACACCUUCCAAGAUGAUCCCACCCAAGCAGACCAUGUACCCUAUGCCACCGCAGGCUUCGUCACCCUACCCCGGCCUGGGCUCCUUCCUGUCCCCAUCGGACCUGCAGAGCUACCGCAGCCAUCCCAGCCUCCCCAGGACCCUGCCCUCCAAGCCCAUGCUGCCCAGCAUCAGUGCCUCCCCACCACCCACCUUCCAGAUCAGCCCUCCCCUGCACCAGCAGCUCUCCUUGCACCACCCGCAGAGCUCCCUCCUCAGCCAGCCCAUCAGCAUGCAGCAGGUCCCCCAGCAGCCUCUCCUCUCCCCCCCCAUGGCACUACAGGUACAGCCCCCCAUGAACUCCUCGCCUCCCGGGCAGCAGGACUUCUCACAUAUCUCCUCUGAGUUCCCAAACAGCGUUGGACCCCGUUCGCCUGGUGCAUCAAAUCCUCCAGGAAGCACUGAGUGGGACAAUGACUACCCCAGCAGAGAGUGUGGGAUUAACCACUGCAGCAUGCUGCCAAGAGACAAGGCACUCUACCUCACCUAAGGCUCACCAUCUGUCCCAGGAGGCUCAGAUGAAGGACACUUGGGAGGCUCUAUCUUACAGGCAACGUGGCGAGGCUCCGAGCAAGUCGUACCGCCAAGAGAGCAACCUCUGCACCUCGUCGCUGGCUUUCGUCCCUAGGCUCCAAGAGCAGUUUUCUCUCAUUGCUUUUGAACUCUAAAGUCUACUUUCCGUGGAAGGCCAGAACCUCGUUAAUCACAAAGAACAAAAUAAAAACAAUUUAAAAAUAAGUAAAUAAAUAAACACAAAACCAACAAAAAAAUAAUAAUAAAUAGUGAUGAAAUAAGGACACAAUUUUUCUGCUUGCCAUCAGCUUAGCUAAAAACUACUUUCCUAGUGAACUGCUUUUAGAUGCAACGUAAGCCCGGGUCUGGUGUCCUCAGGCAUUAGGCCAGCUCAGUAGGAGGAUGCACUCUUUUGACUUGCUAACAGCACUAAACUUUGUGCAAGAAAAAUAAAAACAAUGUGAAGUUUGUGUGAAUAUUGUACAUGCAAAGGCCUUGGAUGUCUGGCUAAAAAAAAAAAAAAAUUAAAAAAUUAAAAAAAAAGAAAUAAAAAUGAAUUAAAACACAAAAAAAAAUAGUAAAUAAAAACUAUUCCUGGGUAAGGUGGUGGGGGAGAGAGGAGAAAGGCAAAAUACGGGAGGGAAGAUGUGAAACAGACCAUGAGAAUAUAAUUUGUUGGAUAGUUGUAAGUAGUUUGCUAAGUGUUUUAGAGCUGUGCUAAAGACAUCUUUAAGAUUUUUUGGUGACAAAGAUUAGUAGUUUUCCUUUAUAGUAAAAGCAUUUUAUAUUAAUUGUAGCACAUUUUUUUAGUUACACAUAGAAGGGAGAUGUGUAUAAGAGAAAACCAACGACAAAAUAAAAAACAGCCUGCCAAACUUGUUUCUAUUAUUUGUACAGCAAGAAAUGGACCGAUUUAUAUCCAUGUUGUAUGGCAUUAUUCUAUUUUUUCUGCCAUAUGUCCAUCUAUUUAAAGAAUUGCUGACAAUGACUUUUGUCUAUUUAUGAAGAAUUAGAGAGCAUCAUUACGGUUUCUCAUAAGGUGCGUUUUUUCUUUUGGUUUUAUUUUCCUUUUUUAUUCUGUUUGACGGCGCUGUGUUCGCAGCACCCGGCACAUUGGGUUCACAAUGCUUAUCUUACCUUUCUUUAUAAUAAAAGAGAAGAAAAAUCAAACUCAA